AUGAGAACCAGUGUUCAGAUAACCAAACAAUUUCAAGAAGAGUAUCUUCAAAUGGCUAAAAGAAAUGUUCUUAUUGUAGAGGAUAUUCGUUCAGCUGAAAAAGAGUUAUAUAAAAAGUCACAACGAUGGGUUCAGAGUAUUGCUGUUGCUGCACGUGCAGGAAUUCAUGUUUCAGAAACUCUAAAAUCAUAUAAUGACAAAUUUGAAAAUAUUGACGUUAGUAAUAUCCAACGUGUGUGUGUUGCUUUACAACAAUUUGGUGAAAUAGUUUAUAAUUUUGUACAAGUAUUAGACCAAUUACAAUUAGAUUUGGACCAAUGUCUUUGUGAAUCACUUCGUUCGUUUAUUGAUGAAGAGUUAUCAAUUGCUAUAAAUGGGCCCAAACUUGAUUCUAUUAAAAUAACAACACCAACUACAAAUCCAAAAUUAUCACAAUCAGUUGCAAUUACUCAAAUGGCAAUUAAUAAAUUUGAGAUAGAAUCUCUUAAACAAUUUACUCAUUCUUUUGAAGCCUUUGAAAAUUUAACUGAUGGAAUGUUUACUCUUCAUAUGUACAAAGAAAGCUAUGAAUUUGCUAAGAAAGAAGAAGAACAAUUAGAGAAUGUUUUUGAAGAUAAUUUAAAUACAGAAAUGUCUCUCUAUAGAAAUUAUUUUGGUAUCUCUAUUAAAAGAUUACUUGAAGAAGAAAAUAGGAUGAACGCACAAAUUCCAAUGGGAUUAGAAAAAGCUCUCAAAUAUUUGUAUUCUAAUGGUCUUGAUAAAGAAGGAUUGUUUAGAAUAAGUUCAACACCUGAUAAGUUGAACUUUAUGAAAAUAAAAUUUUUAGCAAUUAAUUAUUGUAAUGAAGAUCCUUAUCUUGUUGCAAAUUUGGUUAAAACAUUCUUUAAAGAAAUUCCAGGAAAUUUAAUUCCAAAAAGUUCAAUCCCAUAUUUCCUUGGAUGGUAUGACUCUUUAAAACAACUAGAAAAAAAUAGUGAACCUGAAGAUAUAAAUAAACAAGAUGAAAAACAAUUAGCCAUUAAAAUAAAUGCGGAUCUUCCAUUGUCAAUUCCCUUAGAAAAUUAUACUUGUCUUAAGUAUUUAGUUGCACUUUUAUAUGAGUUAUCCAAAAAUCCAAAAUCAAAAAUGACACCGAGUACUAUUUCUACUUGUAUCUCUCCUUCUAUAUUCUAUUGUGACCCUUCACUAAAAAAUGAAAAACUUCUUGAGUACAACCUCAAGAUCAACCAAAUAUUUUCUUUUAUCAUUUCACAUACACCUGUGGUAUUCCCAUCUGCUAAACGUUGUUUUACGUCAAGACAAAAAAGUAUUUUUUUGCAAAACCCAGACUCAACUGACUCUUCCGAUUCACAACCAUCUUGUCACUCUUCGAGUUCACAACCUCCACCUUCUCAGUUUAUUACUGAAUCUCCAAGAACAUUAUCUACAACGAUCUUAAUUGAUAAAAAAGCUAAAGAAAAGAAGAAAGAAAAGAAAUCAAAAAUGUCACCUCUUCAAAAUCAAGGAAGUAUAAUGGAAAAAAAUAUUCCUGGUCUUCAAGAACAACCCUCAUCUACUCCACGCUUUAAAUCUCCACGAUUUUUUGGAAAACGAGGAACUUUAUUUGAAUCUUCGAGGUUAAGUUUAAUGUGA